AUGGCGAACGGAAGUGUCCUUUUCGUGGAUAUCAAGGAUUUUAAUAAGACCUGCCACGGAAAGCUGACGACAAUCGAACGCGGAUGCAAGUUUUGCAUUGUAACGCUGCCAUGCAACUGCAUAAUUUCAACGUCGUUCGCCACAAACAUAGUCGCACCGAGUAGAAGGACGUGCCAGAACGAGAAAGUCAGCACCGACACCAACAGAAUACAUCUUACUAACCUUCACCUUUUGAAAACUAGACUGGCCGACAUGUUAAAGUUGCCAAAUCACUUCCACAGCAGCGUGUACCAGCAGGACGUAAUCACUUCUGCAGAAUAUUCAUUUGAUAACAUAACAAGGGAAUAUCUGAAAUCGCAGUCGAGUGAAGAGGUGGAGCUGUCAACCCUGCAAGAAUGGGCUAAUCAACUCCGGGCGAAGACAGAGAAGGACCACGAGUUAAGGGAAGAUUUCGACAGCAUCGAGUUCCAAGGUAACCUGCACACGGGAGUAGGCAGCAGUGUACUGUUCGUAUUGUUUGUUCCCAUUCCCCAAAAAGAUCAGAGACCCUACCAUGAGAAACAAGUGGAAGCAGUUGUGCCCACAAUGACAAACAGCGAGCCUGCCACGCCAGAGAUACACAGGGAUCGGCCAUUGGCCAUGCCAGGCACGCCAGCACAUAUUGCCACCAUGCCAGGCACUCCAGCCGCCCCAGGCAGUCCAGCCGCCACAGACAGUCCAGAGCCCCAGGAAGUCCAGCCACCCCAGACAGUCCAGCCGCCACAGGCAGUCCAGCCGCCACAGGCAGUCCAGCCGCCACAGACAGUCCAGCCGCCACAGGCAGUCCAGCCGCCACAGGCAGUCCAGCCGCCACAGACAGUCCAGCCGCCACAGACAGUCCAGCCGCCACAGGAAGUCCAUCCAGCCGCCCCAGACAGUCCAGCCGCCACAGACAGUCCAGCCGCCACAGACAGUCCAGCCGCCACAGGCAGUCCAGCCGCCACAGACAGUCCAGCCGCCCAGGAAGUCCAGCCGCCACAGACAGUCCAGCCGCCACAGGCAGUCCAGCCGCCACAGACAGUCCAGCCGCCACAGACAGUCCAGCCGCCACAGACAGUCCAGCCGCCACAGACAGUCCAGCCGCCACAGACAGUCCAGCCGCCAGACAGUCCAGCCGCCACAGACAGUCCAGCCGCCACAGACAGUCCAGCCGCCACAGACAGUCCAGCCGCCCCAGGCAGUCCAGCCGCCACAGACAGUCCAGCCGCCACAGGCAGUCCAGCCGCCACAGACAGUCCAGCCGCCCCAGGAAGUCCAGCCGUCACAGGCAGUCCAGCCGCCACAGGCAGUCCAGCCGCCACAGGCAGUCCAGCCGCCACAGGCAGUCCAGUGACACCAGAAGCGGCAUCCGCACCAGCAGCCGCAGCUACCCUGACUACCCCGGCUCCCACCUCCCCAGCCCAUCCAGUCCUCAUAGCCUCCAAGGUACCAAACAAAAAUUAA